UCAAUGCUUUGCAGCCGACGUUUAAAUGUGAAACAUUUCACAGUGCUCUCUUGGUUUUCCUGUUUGCUGUAUUUGAACUGGGUUGUGCUGGUUAUUUGGGAACUGUUAGGAAUGAAGCCAAUUUUGACUUAUGCAUUAAAGGAUGAAAAAACGAAUGUAACGAUGCAAAACUGUCAGAAUCCUCCCUUGAUACUGAUUUGGACCACUUUUGGUAUUAUCAAUUAUACUGAAGAGAUACGACAAGAUUUUCAACAGUGUGAAUACAAGUGUGCUGUGACCAAUGACAGAAGAGUUGUCGAUUCGGCCGAUGUAAUGUGGUUUCAUAUCGAAGAUAUGAAAGCUGGGGAUAUGCCUCAGAAUCGUUCCUUCAAUCAGCCUUACGUUUUCUUUGCGUAUGAAUCGCCACUGAAUAUGGGAGAAGACUUGCAAAAGUUACCAAAAAAUUACUUCAAUAUAACAAUGUCGUACAGGUACACGACAUCUUUGUUGAAGCUUCGCGUGAGCAAAAAGUUGUUCGAUAAUAAAGUUGUUCGGAAAACUUGA